GAGGAAACAGACUAUAAAAGAGAGAAAACGAAACUGAAUUUAUUCACCAACAGAACUUCAGCAGCAACAAGACUCGACACAAUCUCCGCCUGUAAAAGACAGAUAUGGCAUAUCGUCAGCUUGAGGCAGAGGAACCAUCAGACUUCAGGAUUGCACUUGUUGGGAAAACUGGAGUUGGGAAGAGCGCAGCAGGAAACACCAUCUUAGGGAGGAAGGCUUUUAAAUCUCAGCCGUCUCCGUCCUCACUGACAGAAAAGUGUCAGAAGGAAACAGGAGCUGUUGCUGGUCGAACACUGGCUGUUGUUGAUACUCCAGGUCUGUUUGACACCAAGAAAUCUAAUGAGGAAGUGAAGAGAGAGAUCGCUAAAGCCAUCUCAUUUGCUGCUCCUGGUCCUCAUGUGUUCCUGAUCGUGAUCCAGCUGAACAGAUUCACUGAAGAAGAACAAGAAACAGUGAAAAUCCUUCAGGAGAUGUUUGGAAAAAAGUCAAGAAACUACACUGUGGCCUUGUUCACCCAUGGAGAUGACCUGAAGGAGGCGGGACUCUCCAUAGAGACAUUCAUUAGUCAGAAUCAGCUUCUCCGUGACUUCAUCAGUCAGUGUGAUGGAGGUUACCAUGUGUUUGACAACAAAGACAAAGAUCUCCUUCAAGUCACUGAGCUGGUGACAAAGAUCAACAUUAUGGUUCAGAGAAAUGGAGGAAGCUGCUACACCAAUGAAAUGUUCAAAGAAGCAGAGAGAGCCAUAAGAGAAGAAAUGAAACGUCUGAAGAGAGAAAAUCAAGAUAUUGAUCAGGAACAAGCGAGAAGAAAGGCAGAGGAAGACAAUUCAUUUAUUAGGGCGGUUCUAAUGGGAGCUGGUGCUGGAGCUGCUGCUGGAGCUGUAGUGGGAGCUGGUGCUGGAGCUGUAGUGGGAGGUCCAGUGGGAGCUGGACUUGGAGCUGCAGGGGGAGCUGUAGGGGGAGCUGUAGGAGGAGCUGCAGCUGUGGCAGUGAAGAAGGCCUGCAUCAUACAGUGAUAUUCAAUAUUAAUGAUCUAUUAGCUGCAGCUCAUAACAGGGAAUCGUCAUGGUAACAGUUUAACCUUUUAUUUGAUCACAUUCAUUUUUUUCUGCUUUUUAUAGAUCAUGAGCAUCUUCAUUAAUCAUUAUUGAUUAUUCUUCAUGUCAUUAAUGGGACACUUUCUAACUCUUUAAUGUAAAACGAUCUACAUGUCAUACUGUGUAAUAGAAGCUGUAACAGACUCCAGACACACUGCACUUGUUUUAUUGAAUUAUGCAUCAUUAAUCAAAAAGAGGAAACAAACAUUUUAAUAAAGUUAGGUUAGAUCAGGUGAUGUGAAGAAUGAAGUGAGGUGUUGGUUCAUAUAUCCCCAUGUGAUUCAUCUGUCUUCUAACACUUUAAUAAACAAAAAUGUUUCAGAUGAAAAUCUGACUCUGGGUCAUUAUUGAUCAACAGUUAUUUAAGUAACAGGCUUGAACAUUAUGGAUGAAUGACUGUUGAUGUGUUGAAAGUACAGUGCUCUGACUCCUGCUGGUCAGGUGGUAUCUCACACUGUCACAUGUCUAAUCACCUGUGUUGU